AUGCGACAGUCUUAUCCACCGAUGAACAGACCAAACCCCCACACCGAUGCCGUCUCCGAUACCACAGCCACGCGAUUCUCGAUCACGAACCUGGCCGUGGAAGGUAUGACAUGCGGCGCAUGUACAUCUGCCGUGGAAAGCGGACUGAAAGACGUUAAGGGUGUGAACUCGGUGGAUGUAUCCCUGCUUUCUGAGCGCGCUGUGGUGGAGCAUGAUGCUGGUGCCAUUACCCCGGAGCAGAUCGCAGAGAUUAUUGAGGACCGAGGGUUUGGGGCGCGUGUGUUGGAAACAUCCCUAGCUGGACCUGAAGGGUCAUCCACCCCGGUCGACUCGGAAAACAAAACUGGACUUUUGGUCACGACUGUCGCAGUCGGAGGCAUGACCUGCGGCGCUUGUACAUCUAGUGUUGAGGGUGCCUUGAGCGGUGUGGAUGGUGUGAUCCAAUUCAAUAUCAGUCUUCUGGCUGAGCGUGCGGUGGUUGUCCACGAUUCAGCCAUCAUCCCCGCCAGCAAAAUCCCAGAUCUAAUAGAGGAUUCUGGAUUCGAUGCGUCGAUUGUGUCAUCAGAGGUGCAGGCGCCUCUUUCAAAGAAGACGCAACAAAUCAAUCUAAGCUUGCAUGGCUUACGGGAUGCUGCUUCUGCUUCUGCACUGGAAGACAACCUACUACAGAAAUCUGGGGUCCAUUCGGCAUCAAUCAAAAUGUCCAACUCCCUGAUAGCAAUCUCCUUUGACCCAUCAAUCAUUGGAAUCCGGUCCGUGGUGGAUGUGAUUGAAGCCGCUGGCUACAACGCCCUGAUAGUUGACUCGGACGAUACGAACGCGCAAUUACAGUCGUUGUCAAAGACAAAGGAAAUACAAGAGUGGAGGCGCGCAUUCAUCACCUCAGCGUCCUUUGCGGUGCCUGUCUUCCUCAUUAGCAUGAUUUUUCCCAUGUAUCUGCCCGGACUUGACUUUGGUGGCUUUGAACUGAUGCCAGGCCUCUACCUUGGAGACUUGAUUUGUCUUUGUCUUACAAUACCAGUGCAAUUUGGCAUUGGUAGACGUUUCUAUAUUACCAGCUUCAAGUCUCUCAAGCACCGCUCCCCAACUAUGGACGUGCUCGUUAUGUUGGGGACUUCGGCUGCCUUCUUUUAUAGCUGUUUCACCAUGACCUUGGCCCUCUGCAGCAUUGAUCACAAACGCCCAAGCACCGUGUUUGACACUAGCACAAUGCUGAUUACGUUCAUCACUUUGGGACGGUGGUUAGAGAACCGUGCUAAGGGCCAAACUUCGGCUGCCCUGUCCCGGCUAAUGUCUUUGACCCCAUCGAUGACGACUAUUUACGAAGAUCCCAUUGCGGCAGAGAAGUUGGCCGAGCGCUGGUCCUAUAAGCCUACAUCUGGCGCUUCCGAGCAACCAGCCCUGGCGGAGGAAAUGACAGUGAAUCAAAAGUGCAUACCCACCGAGCUGAUUCAAGUGGGUGAUAUUGUCAUUCUCCAUCCCGGAGACAAGGUGUCUGCGGAUGGGGUUGUGAUUCGCGGCGAGAGCUAUGUUGACGAGAGCAUGAUCAGCGGAGAGGCGCUACCAAUCCACAAGAAGAUCGGUAGCCAGGUCGUUGCUGGAACUGUGAACGGUACGAACUCAAUCGACUUCAAAGUCCUUCGAGCCGGCAAGGACACUCAGCUCAGCCAGAUUGUGAAAUUGGUGCAGGACGCACAGACAAGCCGUGCUCCAAUUCAGCGCAUGGCUGAUAUCGUCGCUGGUUACUUUGUACCCGCUAUUAUUGGUCUCGGCUUGAUCACGUUCUUCGGCUGGAUGUUCCUUAGCCAUAUACUUCCCCACCCGCCUAUGAUCUUCGAAGUCGAAGGCAAUGGUGGCCGAGUCAUGGUCUGUCUGAAGCUCUGCAUCUCGGUGAUUGUCUUCGCCUGUCCCUGUGCUUUGGGUCUGAGUACGCCGACUGCUGUUAUGGUUGGUACUGGAGUUGGCGCAGAGCACGGUAUUCUUGUUAAAGGUGGUGCUGUUCUGGAAGCUGCCACCAAGGUCACCCAUGUUGUCUUUGACAAGACUGGCACCUUGACUACAGGAAAGAUGAGCGUGGCGCACACCCGGAUUGAACCUCAAUGGACAAUGAAUGAUUGGCGUCGCCAGCUUUGGUGGCUUGUUGUCGGUCUGUCAGAGACAGGCAGUGAACACCCAAUUGGACGAGCGAUCCUUUCUGCGGCUAAAACAGAAUCAGGACAUCCCGGAGAGGAUGGACUGCCUGGUGCCAUGGGCGACUUUGACAACUGUGUUGGCAAGGGUAUCUCUGCUACUGUCGAACCUACAUCCAGCGGUGACCAUAUUCGGUAUAAUGUCCUUCUGGGCAACGCUGACUACCUCCGUUCCAAAAGUGUCCCUGUGCCUGCUGAUGCAGACCCCGACUCUGCAGCAUCUGGAUCUACCCCCGAAGCCGGAGUCCCCAAGCCCAGUAGCUCAGGAUCCGGCAUAACCCGGAUUCACGUGGCAAUCGACAACCGCUACGCCGGCACCAUCUCCCUUCGGGACACAGUCAAAGACACAGCCGCAGCCGCAGUGGCAGCCCUGCACCGCAUGGGAAUCUCAACCUCAAUGGUAACGGGCGACACGCUCUCAACUGCAACAGCAAUCGCGACAGCGGUCGGCAUCCCCAAAACCGCAAUCCACGCCUCUGUCUCACCAUCAGAGAAACGAUCCAUCGUCUCCGCCCUCCAAGCCGAAGGCGAGCGCGUCGCAAUGGUUGGCGACGGUAUCAACGACUCCCCAGCGCUGGCAACAGCAUCCGUCGGAAUCGCCCUCGCCUCCGGCACAGACGUAGCCAUGGAAGCAGCCGACAUCGUCCUGAUGCGUCCCGACGACCUCCUCUCCGUGCCGGCCAGUCUGUCCCUCUCGCGCUCUGUCUUCACGCGCAUUAAGUUGAACCUGAUGUGGGCAUGUCUGUACAACGUCAUCGGCCUUCCAUUCGCAAUGGGCCUUUUCCUCCCCUUCACUGGCUUCAUGCUACCGCCUAUGGCCGCUGGCGCUGCAAUGGCCCUGUCCAGUGUCUCUGUCGUGGUCAGCAGUCUCCUUCUGAAGUUCUGGAGCCGUCCCUCUUGGAUGACCACCGAACGUCUUGAAAAAGAGAUCGCCUCUGGCGCACUCUCCGCGGUUGGUAUUGGUCGUGGCGCUCAUGCCCGGAAGCGUAGCUGGUGGUCUCCUGCUACCGUCCUGUCAGAUAGCCCACGCUCUCUCCGUCGUCGGGUUGGUGGUGUGGCCGCUUCAUUUUGGUCCCUGGUUACUGGCAAGGGUGUCAGAACCACCAUUAGGGAAGAUGAGGGAUACGUCCCUCUGCAGACAGUUGAGCCUGUUUGA